CAAAAUAAAAAAAAACUUAAAAGAUUAAAAGAACAACGAAAAAAACCCGCAAAAUACACGCCUUCAAGAUCGGAACAAUUUCAGUACGAAAGAUUUCAACACAAAAUACAGAACACGAACCCUCCGCCGCAUGCAUUGGGAACAACUUUAAUGUGCACGUUAUGUUAAGUGAACUUGUUGUUUGCUUUGUCCUCGCUUGUGAUCUAGAUUUUAUGCUAAAGUGAUUGUUUUUUGCCCCUUUUGCAGCUCCGUUUACAGGUUGCCAUUCGGCGUCGGGAGGAGUAACUUUCUUUUGUGCAGUGGUUUUUCGUUUCCGUACUAACGCAUUGUACAGAGUGCAAUUGAACGAGUGUUAACACUCCAGUGUCCAGACAUUUGGCUUGCAGCUUAUCAUUAUUUGAGACAGUCCUGAUUCUUUACAUCUCACCACGAUGAGAUUGUUCAUUUUGGCGAUCGCCGCCCUGGUGGUCCUCCAUGGGUACGUGGAGUCAAAGAAUGUAACGAGCCCCUCCGACACAUCGUCAAAAACGACUACGACAACAAAGGCGAAGGAAACGACAACGAAAUUGGCAUCAACAUCGACCACGGUAUCCACGAAGAAGCCCUCGGAGUCGACGGAGAAGAAGCAACCCGGCAGUGAUCGGGAGGCGCGCGGUAAACGAACGCUCGAGUUUGAUAACUUUGGCAACUACAACUACUACCAGAGUGUACCGGCGCACACAGUCCAACGUCGUGUGUCGCACGCGUACCAAGAUCCUGGACAGUAUAAUCACUACCAGAGCAACUACAUUCAACCGCAGUACUCCUUCCAGCACCAACACAGUGGUUCGGCUGGUUCCGGCGCUGUAGGUUCUUUUCAAGGUUUUGAAGGCGAUAGCACCAACAGUAUUGGUAGCUUCCAAUCACUUCCACCUGUAGUGCACCACCAACACUACAUCGAACCACCGGAGCCGAUCAUUGAGAUCAUCAUUAAGGAAAGCAACGAUUCGCUACCACUCGAUGCGCAAACCAUCUUGCCGAAACAGAAAAAGAAGAAGGAAGAGGUGCAGGUAUUCUACGUGAAGUACCACAAGGAUGAAAAGAAUGGACAGCUCGUACUAGAUGAUCCACUGCCAGCAAUUAAGCCGAUUCCGGACGAGAGUGAGGAGGAGGAAGAUUUGUCACAGGAACCGAUCGUGGUGACGCCUAGUCCACCGUUGAAGACAACCACGCUGCGUGCUGUUAUUAAUCCAGAUUCGGAGAAAUAUCACAGUAACAGCGGUAUUCGGAUUUCGUUCGGUGUGGAAGAUAAGCAUCAAACUGGCCAUCAGCUCUCGGAGACGGAAAGUGAGUCGGUAGCACAACCGGUUGUCGCUCUACCGCAGCAUGUUGUUGAUCAACGUUCCAAGUCCGAUGUGUUCUACCAGCAGCAUCAGCAGUUCGUACAGCAGCAUCACGAUCGCUCGGUGAGACAGCACUAUCAGCACCAGCCUCAGCCCCAACCGCAACAGCCACCACCGCAACAGUACCAUCAUCAGUACAGUGUUCCGGUGCAGCAACAUCAGUACCAUCAUCAACCACCGCCACAAGCUCAGCCACUUGUUCAGCAACACCAGUACCGUGCUCAACCUCCACCACCUCCGCCGCCACCACCACAGCCCCAGCCACAGUUCCAGCAGCUUCAGCAACACUACCAGCAGCACUACCAACCACAACCGCAACCCCAACCGCAGCCUCAGCCACCGCGUGUAGUGUACCAGCAGGCACAGCCGCAACCACAGCACGCCCAACAGCACGCCCAACAGCAUGCCCAACAGCAAUACCAGUUCCGUGGACAGUUCAAUGCACCGCAGCAACAGCCACAGCCACAAUAUUUCACCCAACAGGCGCCAGUUCCUCAGCCGCGUCCGCAGCAGGUUCGAUUCCCUGCUCAGCAACCACCACAACAACAGCAGCAGCAGCAACAGCAGAAUUAUUACCAACCACAACCACAGCAGCAACAGCAGCCACAACAGCAACCACAAUUCCAACGGCAAGAGUUCCAGCAACCGAAACCGAUUCCAAUUCCUCUUCACAAUAUUAACCAACAGCCACCACUAAGACAGCAGUAUUCUACUCAGCAACUGCAGGCACAGCCACAACAGCAGCCAUCUCCACAACCACCGAAGCCUCAGCAACAGUUUAAUCAACCGUUCAACAACUUCUACAAACAGCAGCCACAAUCUGUACCCCAGCAGCAGGUACAGCAGCAACAGUUCCGCAAACCAACACCACCGCAACCAUCGAACCUUCAGCAACCCCCGUUCCUGUCAGCUCGUCCUCAGCCACCGCCCCAACCUGCUCAGACAUUCUUUGAUGUGCCACGUCCGGUACAGGGUGGUUUAGUACAACAGGCAGCACCGAACCUAGGACCAACUCGUGCACCAGACCUACGUGGUCUUUCACAUUCGAGCCUGUCCGAUAAUGACCAUCUCGCUAAUCUGAAGCACGUGUUACCGGCUGGUGGCGAAUUGGUGCCGUCGGUGUCGAAGUACGAAAAACACAUCACGGAAACAGUGAAUGCACCAACCACUGGGCAGCGCCUAUCGCUGGGAGGAAACGAUGUAGUGAACCGACCACCGUUCUAUAACAUUCAACCAUCACAGGAAUUGAUUAGCCAUUCGAUCGAACCGACGAUUGAAACGGUACAGAACAAAAACAUUGGUCCGCUUGCGUCGAACAUUGGACCGCUUCCAACGCCCCAGAAGUACGUCAGUCAACAGGCAGCACAGAUCAUCCCGAACUCGGAACCAAUCAACUAUCGCGUGGAUCCUCGCUUUAAUGUCAACUUUGAAGCUAGUGCACCAACGGCAGAGACCCCAAGCAGUACACCUUCCACUGUUGGUACUACACGCACCACAUACUCACCCACAUUCUCCACAACGCCACGCACAACCGUAGCUCGCUACACGGCUCCACCAUCGCCGACGACGACACCGUACCGAACCACCAAUCCGCCAACGGCACCAACAACUACACCGGCACCACGAUCGGCCGCCGAAGAAGCAGAAGCAAAUGAGAAGAAACUGAAAGCACUGUUCGAUCUGCCCGAUGAGGUACCGGACGACCUAAGGGAGCAGCUGCUGUCGUCUGGAAUUCUCGAGAAUGCCGACAUUAGUGUGUUGGACUAUGACAAACUCGGUGAGACGGCACUGGAGAACCUGCCGCCAGAGCAUUUGGCAAACUUCUUCAAUGCCGGUGGUGCCUCCCAGCUGGCCGGCUCGAACAAUGUGCUGUCGGUGGUGAAACCGAACGGAGAUAAGCUGGCGGAGAAGUUCAUUACCAAGAACUACGACGUUAAGGAUAAGCGCAAUGAGCGUGAUCGGUACGAGAUUGCACAACCGAGCCAGGGUGGCAGUGAAACGGUACAGCUAGCGGAGGAAGAUCAACCGACGAUCGUAACGAUGCCGGAGCGACAAAAUGUGGACUUGAAGGUGGUACGCUUCGAUUCGAACAAUCAGCGCAACGUGACCGAUCGCUACAUCAAGCAAGACUCGACCAUUUUGCCCUCGGUCGAUGUGACCGGUGAGGAUGAGUCUGGUGCGACGGAUCAGGUGUUUAACCGUUACCUGCCACUGAAGAUCAACGGGGCUCAGUUCCCGAUCCCGGAUGUGGUAGAAUUGCGUGGCCGUAAGAUUGCGAGUGUCGUUGUACUUGCUCCUGUAGAUACUGGAGCAACGGCAGGGCGGCAGAGUGAUAGCGCCAGUGAAGAGAGUACGUCGAGCGAUUUUCUAAUCAAUGCCGAAGAUGAUGCGACGGACGAGCAGCAGGAUCGGCAACAGUCACGAUUCGAGCGCGAUGUGCUGCUGGAUUCUAAGAAGAUCAAGUUCAUUGCUGGCGAAGCAUUGAAGCAGCUGAUUAAGAAACCUUCGAGAGAAAACUUCCGCCGGUGGUUGGAUCGUGAGGGCAAAACCGACGUUGAUUUGCAGAGCGUGGUACUUUUGGUAACGAGAAAUGAUGACGAUGAGCAGGAAAUUUUCAUGUACGACAUUGCCACCAAAGGUGUGACGCAUCUGAGCGGUGAACUAUCGGCAGCCUUCGUACAGGUCGCCGAAGAGAACGCCAAAACGCAAAACUUCGACGAGGUGCCGAUCGUAGACAGUGGCAUCGUAGAGCAAAUGGAAACGAAGUCAUCAUCCGAAACCAACCCAGACUAUGGUUCUUAUGCUUUGACGUCCUCGGAAGAGUUAGACGAUCAGGCGCAAGCGUCCGAGCGGAAAGCAAUCUACGUCUACCCGGAAAACUACCGAGGGUUGGAGGUAAACUCGGGCUACAGUAACAUUAAGAAGUAAGGUGGAAGAGUUUCCUGUUUAGCUGGAAAGUUAGAAAGUUCAAACAAUGUGCUAGAAAAUGAUGCAUUACCGAGGAUGUCCGAGAUGAACAAAAAAAAAACUGCUGCUGCCAGUACAAGAGUAACAAGAGUCACGAAGGACACGGACCCCCCGGAACGCUAGGUGAGCGAUGUUUACAAUGCAUGUUUGUUGUCUGUUUUGUCUCUCGACCUGUGCCAGUGUGCGUCCAUUUGUGUACGAAUUGUGUACGUGUUUCGUUCGGCUCAAUCGAUGGAUUUCUUUGGCAGUAGCGUUUGACAGUUGCAAAUUAGUAAAUGAGAGUAUCGAGGGCGUCUAGGAAAUGUGACAAGGCGCUUUCGCUCACAACCCUGUAAAUAGUGUGCACCGUGGAGUGAUGGUCGGUACCAUAUCUUGAGGUACCGUUCCGGUAAUUUCACGACCUUAGGUAGGACAAUUGAUGUACUUAAAAAAAAACAAACCUAAUUGAAACAAACCAGAUUUUCCAAGUUGCCAGAAUUCGUUCGAUCGCGAUCGAUACGAUCGUGUAACACCGUAGUAAGAAGACUCAUGCUCAAUGAGCUUCUUCUCCGACGGACAUGUACACCGAUCGAUCCGAUUGCAAUCGAAGAACUUUUGCGAGAAUAAUGUCGUACUAGCCUAGCUAUAUCUAUAUAUAUAUAGAGCGGUUAAAUGAAGGGAGAACUAAUAUUAUGUAUGUUGUUGCUGUUUGAUUGACGCUCCGCAGCAGAAGAUCGAAAUUUUAAAAUUUAUUUUUCAUAAAGCAUUGCGAUUGAAGUGUUCGAAACGGUAUCGAAAAGCAACAAAUCCUGGUCUUAACUGUGUCGAUCGAAACAAGCGGGCGUUAUGUAAAUUAUUAGAUUUCCACUAUCUGUUAGUAGUCUUCGCAGUACUGCGGUAUGAUUCACGAUACGUUUUACUAGUUGCACAAUGUUAAAUUUUAACAUUACUUCUUAUUCUUGUUGUCUAUUUUCCUGCUACUGCAGAAGGAGCGCUAUCUUCCUUCUAUUCUACUUGUUGUAAAUUAUGGAACUAAAAAACUUUUACCUGUAAUACUCUCUCUCUCUCUCUGUAAUCCACGACAAUGGAAACUAUUUUUUCAAUAAAUGUUAAUAGUAUCGAAUGUUUGUACAUGUCUUGUGUUCCGUCCCGAAAGAUUUGUUUAGUUAAUGGUGUAUGUUAUGUUUUUGUUUGUUUGUUUGUUUGUUUGGUUGAUUGUCUGUAAUUGUCUAAAAAAGUUUUGUGAUAUGGAUGAAAUUUGAUUUAUUUAAACGCUAAAGAAAAGUAGAAGACCAAUUAAUUUCAUUUAAUUUAAAUUGUGUUUGAUUUUUCUCUCUCUCUCUCUCUCUCUCUCUCUCGCGUCUUGGCUCAAUGACCUCUAAGACCAUGCCGGCCAUAUCUGGCUUACUAGACUUAUUUUGAUUAUUUAGCCGAACGUGCAGACCUUGCUACGCGGUGGACAGUCCGGAUUAGAUCACAUACACCACCAGGCCAUCCCCAAAGACAAUCGUUUGAUUGUUAUAUUGCUUACAUUAUGCAACAAACAUCUGUUGAAAUGUGAAUGUGCCAAGUUUAAAUAAUGAUCCACGUGUUCGCUAGUAUCACAUAUGUUGUUGGAGGUAGUGCACGGAAUUGCCUACAUUUAGGCGCUUUGCUAAAGAGAAAUUUUGAAUGCGUCCGUGCUACACGUGCUUUAAAACAGGGGUUGUCGCACCACGAUCAACCAAAUGAAAAUUUAAUCUAGUCACCAAAUUUAAACAAACUUAAAAAUGCACACAACUACGACAAUAUAAAAAAGAAUUGCAAAACACUCUCAUGGUGUAGUAAAAAAUCCUAUAUCCGUUAGCGAUUUAGAGAAACAUAAGAGUUUAUAGUUCAACAGAGGUUCGUUAAAAACAAAUAGUCCCCAACAAUUAAUACUCAAAAACUAAUAUUUAUUUUUUAACAAUUGAAUUAAUAGCUUGUGACAUUAAUUAGCAGGUAAAAUGGAAUGGCAUUUAAAUUAUUACCACGGUUUAAACCUCUGAUUUAUAGCCGGAUGAACACAAGAACCACAUUUAUGUUUGGAAAUAGGAAAAACCUUUUAAUCACCUACCAUUUUUUAAAAACUGUAAUUUCCACCUGUGCAGGAUAUGAAAAUGUCUUCUGAUGCGUUUUUGUAGGUCAAAAAAGUUCACGUAUAUAAACGUAUAUUACUGAAAUACAUACUAAGGAUCAAAUUUAUGUCCAUCAUUAGUUACUAGCGCCCUUUACGUAGACCUUCAACAAUAAAAAAGCUUUACGUAUGUGCACAAUGCAGUGGGCCGUUUAAAAAUGACUUUGGUAGGAAUUGGACCAACAUAUUAAUAUGGAUUGUAAAACUUUAUACACGCACUAAACAUAAACAAAGCUAAGAAGACAACGCUUCUCGCCAUCUUUCUUUUACUUUCGAUCGAUCAUCGACAUCAUUAUCAAUCAAUCCUAGAAACAUCAUCAAAAAGGCCUCGGUUCAAAGAGAGCUAGCAAUGGUACGGAUUUAAAUUCAAAUCAGUUCGUUUUCCGAAUUUUACUGCCACAUUUCAAUCUGCUUCGUCUAAAUUUAACCUUGAUCUUGGCAGCAAAUCGCAUGGCGCCGAACAUCAGUGAACUCAUUCACUUCGGCCGUCUUUAUUGGUGCUUUACGAAUAUAAAGUCGAAAAUUCAACCGAUUCCAGUUUACAAACGAAAAACCACUACAAAGCGAUCGCUAAUUGGUUAUGGGAUUCUCGAUUUUUUUUUUCUUUCAUGUUACCGUUGAUCGAUAAAAUGGUGAAGGAUUAGAUCGUAUGUGUAAUAAGAAGCCGAUGAGAUAGAUUUUGCAUAACGAGAUACAUGUUCCGAUCGUUUGGUUGUAGUUUCGCUUCCACCAACUUGAUCCGAUUGUCACCUUGCUACCGUGUUUUUUUUUUUGUUUUUUGGUUA